UCAUGUGCUUCACGUAUGAUGUCUUCGACAGCAAAACUGUUGAAAAUGGAUGAGCAUUCUCGUUACAAAACACCUCUAUCAUCGAGGUAUGCAAGCGAAGAAAUGGCUUAUAAUUUCAGUGACAUGAAGAAAUUUUCCACUUGGAGAAAACUUUGGUUAACCUUAGCCGAAGCAGAACGCGCUCUUGGCCUUAACAUCUCUGAUGAACAGAUCAAAGAAAUGAAAGCUAACAUUGACAAUAUUGACUUUGAUAUGGCAGCAAAAGAGGAAAAGGCAACACGUCAUGAUGUCAUGGCUCAUGUUCACACGUUUGCUGCUUGUUGUCCCAAGGCUGCUCCAAUUAUUCAUUUGGGAGCAACAUCUUGUUAUGUUGGUGAUAAUACUGAUCUUAUAAUGUUACGAGAUGGUUUUAACAUCCUUCUGUCAAAGCUAGCUCGAUGUAUACAUUGUCUUGAGAAAUUUGCAGAAACCUAUCGUUUUCUUCCAACUCUCGGUUUCACCCACAUGCAACCAGCGCAGCUAACUACAGUUGGAAAACGAGCAUGUCUGUGGGUUGCGGACCUGCUAACUGAUUUGAAAAACUUGGAAAGAGCUAGAAAUAACUUGAAAUUUAGAGGUGUCAAAGGAACAACUGGGACACAGGCCAGUUUUUUGCAGUUAUUUGAAGGAAAUGAAGAAAAGGUGAAACAACUUGAUGAGCUGGUUACAGAGAUGAGUGGUUUUCAAAGUGCUUACCUUAUUUGUGGUCAGACAUACAGCAGAAAAGUUGAUGUGGAUUGCCUGUGUGUCUUAGCUAGCCUUGGGGCAUCUGCACAUAAGAUUUGUACAGAUAUUCGUCUACUAGCUAGCCUAAAAGAAGUGGAAGAGCCCUUUGAAAAAUCUCAAAUAGGUUCCAGUGCCAUGCCAUAUAAAAGAAAUCCAAUGAGGAGUGAGCGGUGUUGCUCUUUGGCUCGACAUUUGAUGACUUUAGUAACAGAUCCUUUACACACUGCUUCUGUGCAAUGGAUGGAAAGAACAUUAGAUGAUAGUGCCAAUAGAAGAAUCUGUUUGGCUGAAGCAUUUCUAACAGCUGACAUAGUAUUGAAUUUGUUACAAAACAUCUCUGAAGGGCUGGUGGUAUAUCCAAAGGUAAUAGAACGUCACAUCCAUCAAGAGCUUCCCUUUAUGGCUUCAGAAAACAUCAUUAUGGAGAUGGUGAAGUCUGGAGGAAAUCGUCAGGAGUGCCAUGAGAAAAUUCGUGUUCUUUCACAGCUAGCUGCUGCAGUUGUGAAGGAAGAUGGUGGAGCCAAUGACUUAGUUCAGAGAAUUAAAGAAGACUCAUAUUUUUCCCCUAUUCAUAGUGUGUUAGAUAAACUGCUAGACCCAAUCUCAUUUGUUGGCCGAGCUCCACAGCAGGUUAAGGAGUUCCUUGAGCAGGAAGUUCAGCCAGCCUUAGGACCCUAUAGAGAACAGCUGACCAAAGAAUCUGUUCUUAAUGUAUAACUGUUGUAAACCUAAUUAUUCAAAUUCAGGGAAUUUAUAUUACUCAUUUCAAGGCAUGUCAGGUGUUACUACACUUUGUUCACACUUAAAUUUACCUCACCUGCUAUUGUACUGUAUGAUACAGUGUUUCCUGUUUUCAUACUCGCUGUUCACACUGCCCUAACUUUACCUCACCUGCUAUUGUAUUGUAUGAUACAGUGUUUCCUCUUUUCAUACUUGCUGUUCACACUGCCCUAACUUUACCUCACCUGCUAUUGUAUUGUAUGAUACAGUGUUUCCUGUUUUCAUACUCGCUGUUCACACUGCCCUAACUUUACCUCACCUGCUAUUGUAUUGUAUGAUACAGUGUUUCCUGUUUUCAUACUCGCUGUUCACACUGCCCUAACUUUACCUCACCUGCUAUUGUAUUGUAUGAUAUUUGUAGCUUUACUCUCCACAAUCUGAAAAAAAAAAAAAAUAAAGCAAUGACUUUUUUUUAUAAAAAGAAUUAAAUCAGUAAUGGAAUAUACAAAGUUUAAUAGAAGUGGUAGAAUUGUUUGGGGUUAUUUUCAAAUUAAUUCUCACUUUUAAAAAGCAGCAGUAGCUUUGGGAUAACCCAACUUUAAAAAAAAAACAUGUAAAAUAGUAUAAACCCUAAAUUAAAAGAGAUGUAGUUAUUCAUAUUAGGAUUCUUCACUAGGCCACUAUUUGUUCUGAUGUUUUUUUUUUCUGUAUCAAAUUCUGGCAGAUUAAAACCUUUGAGUAUAAAAAAAGGUGAAUUAUUACCUGUGUGAAACGUAUACAAAAGUAUUUAAGGUUGUUUUUUUUUUAGUAAUGUUUGUAGAAUUACUAGAUAUAGGCUUCAGAUGUUCUUUUAUAUGCUGCUCUAAAUGACUGUGUCGUGUCCACUUCGAAAACAAAUGUAUCAAUAAACAACACAAGAAUUUUGAAGUUUGUUUUUGUUCUUUGUUUAGAUAAAGUUCUGUAUUCUCAA